AUGGAAUCUUGGAACGUUUACUCUCAAAACACACAUGAAACACCCAGUUCUACUUGGUUGUGUCCACAGAAUAAUUCGCAUGGAACAGAUUGGUUGCAACCUCAGAACAAUACUUCUAUUGAGCGAGAACGUAAUGAGAAUAUGGACAGACUCUUCGAUUUAAAAAUUGGUAAUCAAGAAGACAUGCUAAAUAACAACGUGUACAACAAUGAAGAUUUUUCAUCAUUUUUGAAUUCGAGCGAAUCCGUUGUUCCUGUUUCAACCUCGCAGAAUACUACCGUCCCUAUUUCCAAUGCCACAUCAAAUAGGAACGUUAUAAAUUCUCCCACUCCAAGCCUCGUCACGGAUGACGACCAAGAUCAGUUAUAUAAUAUACAUGAACAAUUGGUCCAGUAUCCCAUUGUCACAUCGGCUUCAUUCAUCCCAUCAAAUUCAAUCGCAAAUGAUUUUCAACAAAAGCAGCGUCAAAUUCAAAACCCUACGUCUACGUCAGUUUCCUUCACCCAUUCGAUUUCUGAUACGACCGAACAUGAACGACAAACUUUGAACGCGUCAAAAAGAUCCGUAUCAUCAUCACCUAUUUCUCAAUCUACUUCACCUAUCGUCGUAAACGAAUCUCAAAAACUUGUCCAACUCAGUAAUGAAAGAGAACAACGGGCUAAUUAUUCCAUGAAAUCAACGUCAUUCUACCAAUCUGAUGAUAAGCAAGACUUAUAUUUCCAAGAAGUCCGACAACGAUUAUUUCCUUCCAUGAAUGAAACAGUUUUAUCAGCUGCUCCACGAAAUCUUGAUAAUCGGGAUCAAUACUUACAAGCCAAAAAGCAUGAUCCAAAGCAAUUGCUUUUACCUUUGACAAUCAACAAACCUUCCACGGAUGUGGUUACGAUCACUUCGCCUUUGUCAAGUCUCGCCACCGAUGACGAUGAAAUGGACAUAUGUGAACAAACUCAACAUAGGAAGAGUAAUCGUCAAAGUAACUAUCAAGACUUUCAAUUGAGUAUUUCUACUAAUGACCUACCAAUGCAACAACCUUCCCCUGCAUCAUCGGAAUAUUUCUCGAGCAAUACGAAGACGCCACCUUCCUCUCAUGAUACCACUCCAAAAGAAAAGAAACGUCGUACCUCACAAAGAAAGAUAAAUAGUAAAAGACCUGCAAAGCUUCACGAUGAAGC